AAAGAGAGCGACCGUGAGAGGGAAAGCCACAAAAAAAGCUCAAGCAUUGUGCUUUAAUAGAAAAUGCUCAACAUUGUGUUAGUCAAGUGGCGUCUCUCGCACACACAACAGUUACACUUGCAGUGGAAAUUCACGAUGAGCGUUUCAAGGGCAUUCAAAGUGCUCGUCUCGCAUCCGACGGUCCCGACACCGGCGUUGGAAUUGUUGCGUUCUCGCGGUGCCGAAACGAUUAUUUGUCAGAGUGUGCCGCCAUCGAGGGAGGAGAUCCUGGAGAAGGUUCCCGGUGUGGAUGCCAUUUACUGGGCACAUUAUCAGCCACUGAAUGCGGGUAUUUUGGAUGCAGCUGGCAGCCAACUGCGAGCAGUCAGCACCAUGUCAUCGGGCAUUGAUUUCGUGGAUGUUCCCGAGUUUCAGCGGAGAAAGAUUCCAUUGGGACAUACGCCGGGUGUGGUGAAGAAUUCGGUGGCAGAUCUGGCAAUUGGUUUAAUGCUUGCGGCAGGUCGCAAUUUUCAUGCCGGUCGACGCGACAUUGAGAAUUCGCAGUGGUUAACGGAGCGCAUUGAUUGGCGAAUGGGACACGAGAUACGUGACUCGACUGUGGGCUUCUUCGGCUUUGGCGGCAUUAGUCAGGCGAUUGCCAAGCGUCUCCAGAGCUGGGAUGUGGCCAAGAUCAUCUACACGACCCGCACACGCAAGGAGAACGAUGUGGACUUCAAGGCGGAGCAUGUGCCCUUUGAGCGGCUGCUGCAGGAGAGCGACUUUUUGGUUGUGGCAGCGCCUCUCACCGAUCAGACGCGUGGCAAGUUCAAUGCCGAGGCCUUUAAGCUGAUGAAACCAAGUGCAAUCUUCGUGAAUGUGGCCAGAGGCGGUCUUGUACAGCAAAAUGAUUUGCAUGAAGCCUUGACUACUGGUCAAAUAUUUGCCGCUGGUUUGGACGUCACCACGCCGGAACCUUUGCCAGCUGACGAUCCACUGCUAAAGCUGCCCAAUUGUGUUAUUUUGCCGCAUUUGGGCACGCAGACGUGGAAAACAACCAUUGAGAUGAGCCUCUUGGCAGCCAACAAUAUCAUCAACGCCAUGGAGGGAAAGCCCAUGAUUAGACCAGCUUAUUGAAUUGAAGUAUAAGCUUGAUUUACUUUUGUAUUUCUCCUGAUAAAAGCACAAUUCCCCUAGACAAUAACGUUCGAUGUUUUUAUGGUAAAUAAUGUAAAAUUGUUGACAGAUUUUAAUUCAAAAUGUAUAGGUAUAAAUAUACAAAAUUGGAUUGGAUG